CAUCAUUGCCGUGCUCAUCUCAUUCUAGCACCGAGAGAUCCAAUAUGCACCACUUCUUCCUCUUCCUCAUUUUCUUGCUUCCCCAUGAAACCAGCUACUCGGCCGCCGCAGCUUCCGGCAGCGGUAGCCAGUGCAGCCGGCGGUGCGGCAGCACCGCCGUCCCCUACCCUUUUGGCUUCUCCGCCGGCUGUCCCAUCCCGCUGUUCUGCGACGCCAGCAUAUCCACGCUGAUCCUCCCAUACAUAGGAAAGAACGGCACAACGUACCGCGUGAUAGCCUUCAACUCCACCACCUCCACCGUCGUUGUCGGUCUCCCGCCGUCAUGCAGCCGCAGCGUCCCCGAGGCCAGGAGGGAGCUCUCCGGGGGCAACUACGGUGUGUCGUCUCGCACCUGGAUGUUCCUCCGUGGUGGCUGCAGGGAGAUCAACGCGUCGGUGGGCGUUGGAUGCAGCGUGCCCGUGGACGUCAUGUCCAGGCUGCUCCGCACGGCGCAGUGCGACGGCCUCAGCAACGAAACCUCUGUGGUGUGCGUCGCUUCCACCGCGGCGGAACAGUUUCUGCGGUGGGAGAAGGUCGAGAAGCAACAGUGCGAUGACGUGCUGACCUCCGCAGUAAUCGUGGACACGGCGGAGGGGACGGUGUCGCUGGAGUACGGGCUGGCAGAGCUGGGGUGGUGGCUCAACGGCACGUGCACCGGCGGCAGCGAGCGUUGCGCGGCGAACGCGACGUGCAUCGGUGUGAAAACACCAAGCGGGGAGAUGGGGCACAGGUGCGCGUGCGUGGCAGGGAUGGUUGGCGACGGGUUCCUGGCUGGAGACGGAUGCUACCUCGCACAUGCGUCUCGGUCGAAGCAUAGAAGAAAGCUAGUAGCGGUGUUGGCGUCUGUUGUUUCCGUCGUGUUCCUACUUUCUCUCUCCAUAGCGGCUUCCUUUCUCUUACCCCGCUGCCGAAGACGCAAUACCAUGAAGAAAACCAAACUAGCGUUGAAACUAGGGACAACAUUCUUUCGUGGUGAACUUGUCGACGACGAACUCGACCAAGGAGUUGAGGGCCCCCGACGAUUUUCUUACAACGAGCUUGCAUCCGCGACCGACAAUUUCUCUGAUGAUAGAGCGCUCGGGAGAGGAGGCUUUGGGUCUGUGUACCAAGGUUUUAUGAGCAACAUAAACUACGAAGUGGCUGUCAAGAGGGUCUAUGAGACUUCUCGACAGGGCUGGAAGGAGUUCGUCUCUGAGGUGCAGAUCAUUAGUCGUCUUAGGCACCGCAAUCUUGUGCAACUUAUCGGUUGGUGCCAUGGCGGUGACGAGCUCCUCCUUGUCUACGAGCUGAUGCACAAUGGCAGCCUCGAUACUCAUUUGUACAGAUCUGACUGCGUGCUGGCAUGGCCUGUUAGGUAUGAGAUAGUGCUCGGUGUAGGUUCGGCGCUUCUAUACCUACAUCAAGACACAAAACAGCGGGUCGUGCACAGGGACAUCAAGCCAAGCAACAUCAUGUUGGACGCGUCCUUCACCGCCAAACUCGGUGACUUUGGGCUCGCAAGGCUCAUCAACGACGGCCGGAGAUCGCACACGACCGGCAUAGCCGGCACGAUGGGGUACAUUGAUCCGGAGAGCUUGCUGGCCGGCAGGGCGAGCGUCGAGUCGGAUGUGUACAGCUUUGGAAUUGUCCUCCUUGAGGUAGCCUCUGGGCAGCGGCCAGCUCUAGUCCAGGAAGACGGUGACGUCGUCCACCUGGUGCAGUGGGUGUGGGACUUGUAUGGCAAAGGAUCAAUUCUAGACGCUGCCGAUGAGCGGUUUAGAGGGGAGUUCGACGGCAGAGAGAUUGAACAUGUUAUGGUCGUGGGGCUCUGGUGCGCGCACCCUGACCGUGGCAUGCGGCCAUCCAUCAGGCAAGCGAUGAAUGUGUUGCGGUUCGAAACACCAUUGCCGAGCCUCCCGGCAAGAAUGCCGGUGGCGACCUACGGGCCACCGACUAAUCCUUUGAGUUCCGGGACUUCUGUGCUGAGCAGCAUCAGUGGCCGGUGAUCUGGGAACACUAGUUAAAUUCUCCAGUUAUUAUAGAAUCUUAGUACUAUAUGGCCCAUGAGCAGGAAGAGACAAGUAUAU